UAUCGUGCGGCGACGUGAAAUAUUAUUGUGCAUAUUUUAUUUUGCUUUUCCUGUAGUGCACGAUUAUUGUGUAUGUAGUAAAUAUGCAGAUAAGAUACGAAAAAAAUAAUCACGUCUAAUGCUCUUUGCGGACUUUAAAAUGCCCACUUUUAUCAGGGGUACAUAUUUGUGUUCGUUGUUCAAGAUGAAAUAUGUCCGGCUUGAAUAUAUUGUUGGCAAAUGAAUCGUACAGCUAUCACCCACAUUAUAAGCAUAUAGCUUCGAAUGAAUGGAGGAGACAAUUGACAAAGUAACUCAACCUGAAACGAACGGUAUAGUUUUACCAGAAGGAUGGAAAUUCGUUUUGAUUGAACAGGAUCGAUUGGUUUACAUCAACGAAGCCGAUAAGACUUGGUCUUGGCUGCCUCCUGCAGAAGCUUGGAAAAGUCGACAUAGUUUGUCCUAUGGCUGGGAAAUUGCCCAAAGUUCCGAUAACAGACGUUAUUACAUCAAUCAUUUGAAGAAAGAAACCUGUAGAAGCCUUCCUGCACAAUCAGAUUUAAAUACUACAACUACUACUAUGAUUCCUCCACGAACAAGAAAAGUGGUCAUCUCACGACACUCCGAUAUUGGUUAUGGUUUUGUUGCUGGUAGCGAAAAACCUGUUCUCAUUAGAUCGGUUGCAGAAGAUGGUCCAUCAGCUGGAAAAUUAUAUGCGAAUGAUCAGAUACUGAAGAUUAACGAAGAAGACGUUGGCGACAUGCCCCAGUCUGCAGUUAUUCAGAGAAUAAAGGAGUCUAGUGAAGAACUAAAUCUUGAAGUUAUCGCUAGUGAUGAUGUUCAGGAUGUCAGAAAUCGGGGCCAACGCAAAUCUUCCAUCAUGAGUCGCACAACCAGGGAAAAACGCAGAUCCAAUCCAGUCAGCGUUCGUUUUGCUGAUACACCUGUGCUCGUUCAAUAUGUCGGAUCUCCUCCGAGUUAUCCAUUUAGACGGUCGUCGCUACCACUCAUCCCGAAUGUACUGAAAAUCUUUCUGGAGAAUGGACAAACCAGAUCGUUUCUGUACAAUCCCACUACUGUUGUUAAGGAUUUGUUCGCAUCUCUAGCUGACAAGAUUGGCCUUAAGAAAUUAGAUCGUUUUGCACUUGUAUUACAAGCUACUCAAACGUUAAAUGAUUAUAUUGUUCAGGCCAAUGAGCGUGUUUCCCAGGUUUAUACAAAAAGAAAUUGUAGUAGUUCAGCUUGGUUAUCAAAGCUUCUCUUGAUUUUUGCUCCAAAAGAUGUUCAAAAAUUUUGGAAGGAAGACCCGGUUGCAUUUGAUUAUUUUUAUAGACAGAUGUGUUCUCAAGUUGUUGAGGGACGUUUCGGUUGGGAACUAAAAUACGACAUUGCGAUCAAACUUGCGGCAUUGCAUCUUCAACAGUACGCUAUGGAGGAGAAGAUUGGAAAAGGUGGGAAAAUCUCUGUGAAAGCAAUUGAACGAGAAGUUGGAAGUCUGGAGAAUUUUGUACCAACUGCUCUCAUUAACACGAUGCAAAAGAAAGACCUACAAAGGAUUUUAACUCAACAAAUAAAGCAAACACGUAAUCUCUGCCCUCCGGGACAGAAAUAUAUUUCUCCACUACAAGCAAAACUGCAGUAUUUGAAGAUUUGUAGUGAAAUGAAAACGUAUGGCGGAAAACAGUUUAGUGCUGUGGUUGUUGAUCCGACAGCUGAAGAUCAGAAGUUUUUCCAGGAUCAGAAAGUUAAUUCGAUGAUAUUUGUUGGCCCAAAUGUUGGUUUAGCUCAUGUGACAAAUCCAAGAUCUUUCACGAUGCAGCAAAUAGCCGAAUUCAGUCAAAUUAAUGGCUUGGUGAUUACACCACAUACUGAGGGAAAACAAAAUAUCAAAUUAUUCUUAAAUAACAGCAAGUCCGUUACUCUCAUCAUGGGACCAAUUUUUGAAACAAGGGAUUUAGUCCAUUUGAUAUCUGGUUAUCAUAAACAUUUGGUGGAAAGUAACAAACCUUUGUCAGUCAUUGAUAUGACUUGCUCUGACGAUGUUGAGGAACCCGUGGAUGAAGUGCCCUCGUAUUCUGACGCACAUCGAGUAUUACGUGACGAUUUCAGUUACAGGAUGGAUGAAAACGAUUAUGAAGAGGAGGAUGUAAAAGAAAUUUCAUUUAGACAAAAACCCACUUUUGAGGGCAAUGAAAUGUACUCGCUUGCAGACCAAUGUGAAAACACGCAACAUGCAGCUUCUUUGAGCAAUGGAAGUGUUAAAACACAUUUAAGUAUUCGUGUGAGUAAUAAUCAAAGACUAAGCCUAAAAUCUAUUGAAGAGGAAGCGUUGUCACCAAGGUCUCCGAAAAAUGACGACACUGGGUUGUUGUUAUCACAUUCACCAGAAAAGCCAUCAUACGUGAAUGGUAUUCGUGAACUAAAGAGGAAUUCAUAUCUGCAGCUGAGUGAUGACUUGGCAUCAGAAUCAAACGAUGAAGGGCCUUCAGAAAAAACAGAGACUAUAAUUCAUGAGAAACAAGAGGCUACACAAGUUGAAAAUAUUCAACUGACAGAUUCAACAGAAUCUUUAGUACGAAAUCACACAUCAAUUCAUAUCUCAUCUCCGUCCCACAAAAUGAAAAAUGUUGACACGAAUGUAAACUCAGAAAACCUCUGCAAUGGCGAUCUAACCAACAAUGUUCACGAAGUCCAGGAUGAAAUUCCUUUAACUCCGAACUUGCAAUCGUCUUCCAGUAACACGAGUGAUGAUAUCUCGUCAUUGAGUUCAAGCCUAGGUGAUGAUUCACCUAGGACUUCACCGCUCACGAUUUCCAACGCUAUAUCAUCAAACCCUAAAACGUCGAAAGAGAUUAUUUCGCCCAGUGAAUCAAAAGACAAUACUCUAAACACUAAUGUUCAAGCUAUGGUAAAACAUGCAAUGACAGACAAUUACAAUGAGGAGCUACCCAGAAAUGAAACUGAAAAUGAUAAAACUGAAAAUGAUAGUCCAACUGGAAAUGAUAAAACUAGAGAAAAUGAUAGUCCAACUGGAAAUGCCCAGACUAAUGAGUUUGAUGAAACAGAUGGUAAUAGGUUAGAUAUAUUAUCUCGUAGCAUUUCUAAAGACCCUAUUCUUCAAAAUGGUUGCUUACCGUCUGGGAUGAAGGCAAACGGUGAUAUAAAAUCAUUUAGAGAAAAACGGCGGAGGUCGUCAGGUUAUAUUUCGUCCUAUAGGGAUAUUUGCCAAAUAUACAUCAUAUUCCUGAAUGUAUUAUUCACGAUGACGUCACUUUAACGGUUGGACAGGCCACAAGUGAAUGGAUGGUAAUUCUCAGGGACACAUCAAGACCCGUUCUGAUGCCUGUGAUCAAACGUUGAAGACAUUCUAUUCGCUGAAAGCAAAAUUAACCACACUCAAACACUCAAAUCAUUCUGUGCGAACGAGCAAUGAAAUUUUACGAAGCAAGAAGCAAGUAAUGCUUGAUGUAAUUGACAGGUUAGAGGAAUGUAUUGAGAAAAUUAAGAAUCUAACAUCAGCUGAAGAGAUAAAUGUCGUAGAAGCGAUUCUCAUAACAAAGUCAUCUCUCAGCAAUUUAACAGAAUCAUGUGCUCUGAUGUACAAUGCUCAAUACAGCAUGAAACAUUUCACAUCAGAAUUAGAAGACUCAAUUGAUAAGCAUAUCGAUGUUUUGAUUACGACAAACGCUUGGAGUACAACGCCUGUCUCCGACCUCACCACGGAAUUACACAAAGACAAAUGUGACUUAGUUUACGAUUCAUUGGAGUCAUUACGAAAGAUUAUAAGCAGCCUAUAACAGCUGUAGUGCUAGUGCAUAUUAGUGAUAUUACUAAAAUUUAAUUAGCCAGUAGGUAUUCUUUAAAAACAACAAGCUUAUCACUAUAUCCUGCAUGUUCUUGCCCCAGAAAAGUGUCCUGUUUUCGUAUUAAAACGUUUAGGUACUCGACAUCACCGUAUUCCUGAAAAUAGUAUGCGAAAAUAUAACACUUUUUGUGGGAAGAGGAUUUGUUUUUCACAAAGAUUCCUGCAAACAUUUAAUUCGUCCAACAAUACUCGUAGAUUUCUUGACAAUUUGGGAACAACUUUGACAAACUUAUGCGAAAUAAUCGAGAAUAGAUAACGGUUCAUUUGCGAUGAUGAUUAUUCCUUUUAUUAUGCUCUCAAAUGUUCGUUUGUUAGUAACAAUUUGAUUUGCGUGUAGGGCUAAAUCUCAACUGAUAACUAUUAACAUUUCGUAUGUUAACUCGCGACUACCAAAAAUAACUAAAAUUUUAUCAGCUAAUAAAGCUAAUAUAUAUUAAGUGAACAUAACUCAUAAGACUGUAUAUCACCCUACGAUAUGUAUAUUCAAAAUAUGUAUUUUUAUCCAGAAUAUGAUGAAUACGGUAUCA